UUAAAUUAAAAAGAAACAAAAAGGGGUUUCUUUCUUCUUCUUCUUCUUGUUUCUUGUUUUUCCCCUGAACCACCUUCUUAAUCGCCAGCCAAGAUCCCACUCCAGCUGGAUCUCAUCUGGGUUUCUUUUCUUCAUUUCAAGGCUUUUUCUGUUUUUUUUUUUUUUUUUUUUUUUCAUUUGUGGGCUUGUUCUUCUAGCUUUUAACACACAUACAAGGACACGGACCGUUCUUUAAGGGAUGUGCUUUUGGUAAUUCUUGUGAGAAAAUAUUACACAAAUGGCCCACGGGAGAAUACGGGCUAAGAUAAAGAGAAGUAGUCUUUACACGUUUGGAUGCAUAAGACCACCCGUUGAUUCACCAGAUGAACCUCAUCAGUUUCGCGGGCCAGGUUUUUCUCGUCACGUUUGUUGUAACCAACCUCAGUUGCACCAAAAGAAACCACUCAAAUACUGCAAAAAUUACAUUUCAACCACAAAGUACAACGCGAUAACAUUUUUACCCAAAGCCCUCUUUGAGCAAUUUAGACGUGUGGCUAAUGUGUAUUUCCUCUUUGCUGCAUUCUUAUCAUUGACGCCCGUUUCGCCGUUUUCGGCUUAUAGCAUGAUUGCACCGUUAGCGUUUGUAAUCGGGCUCAGUAUGGCUAAAGAAGCGGUUGAGAAUUGGCACCGGUUCAUGCAGGACAUGAAGGUAAAUAUGAGGAAAGUUAGGGUUCAUAAUGGAGACGGCGUGUUUUCGUUAAAACCGUGGAUGAAUAUACGCGUUGGCGAUGUGGUAAAAGUGGAAAAGGAUCAGUUUUUUCCCGCCGAUUUAUUGUUAUUAUCGUCGAGUUACGAAGAUGGGAUUUGUUAUGUUGAAACUAUGAAUUUAGACGGAGAGACGAAUUUAAAAGUUAAAAGAUCCUUAGAAUCAACUUUAUCUUUAGAUGAUGAUUCCACUUUUAAAGAUUUUAGAGGAACGAUUAAAUGUGAGGACCCGAACCCGAAUCUUUAUACGUUUGUCGGGAAUUUUGAAUAUGAACGCCAGGUGUAUCCGCUUGAUCCUAGUCAGAUUUUGCUCAGGGAUUCAAAGCUUAGAAACACGGGCCAUGUUUACGGGGUGGUGAUAUUUUCGGGCCACGAUAGUAAAGUGAUGCAAAAUGCUACAAAAUCACCUUCGAAAAGGAGUACGAUUGAGAAACAAAUGGACAAAAUUAUUUAUGUCCUUUUUACCCUUUUGGUGUUAAUUUCACUAAUAAGCUCAACGGGAUUUGCUAUCAAGACAAAAACACAGAUGCCGAGCUGGUGGUACAUGCGGGCCCCGGACGACGAGGGUUUAUAUGAUCCCAAAAAUGCCGCAUUAUCGGGUUUUUAUCAUUUGAUUACCGCUUUAAUACUUUACGGGUACUUGAUACCGAUUUCACUUUAUGUCUCUAUCGAGCUCGUGAAAGUUUUACAAGCGCUUUUUAUAAAUCAAGAUCUAAACAUGUAUGAUGAAGAAACGGGCACUCCUGCUCAAGCCCGGACGUCAAAUUUGAAUGAAGAAUUAGGGAUGGUGGACACGAUUUUAUCUGACAAAACCGGGACUUUAACGUGUAAUCAAAUGGAUUUCUUGAAAUGCUCGAUUGCGGGAAUCCCAUAUGGCGUCCGGUCAAGUGAAGUCGAGCUAGCUGCCGCUAGUCAAAUGGCUAUGGAUUAUGAAGGGCAUGAUGGUCAUUUUGCGAGGUCUAGUGGACAAAACGGAUCAGAGAUUGAGUUAGAGGCGGUAACAGUUUCGAAAGAAAGUUCAGGAAUAUCAAUUAAGGGGUUUAGUUUUGAAGACAAUCGGUUAAUGAACGGUAAUUGGGCCCGAGAGGCGAAUCCAGAUGUUUUGUUGUUGUUUUUUAGGGUUCUUGCUCUUUGUCACACGGCGAUUCCUGAGUUUAAUGAAGAAACGGAUAGUUAUAGUUAUGAGGCAGAAUCACCUGAUGAAGGUGCGUUUCUUGUGGCUGCAAGAGAAUUUGGGUUUGAAUUUUGUAGAAGAACGCAAUCGAGUAUAUUCGUCCGUGAGCGGAAUUUUUCGUCUCAAGAGUUUGUUGAAAGGGAGUUCAAACUUCUGAAUCUUAUGGAUUUUACAAGCAAAAGAAAACGGAUGUCUGUUAUUGUUCAGGACGAGACGACCGGACAGAUUCUUUUAUUGUGCAAAGGCGCUGAUAGCAUCAUUUUUGAUCGUUUAUCAAAAAAUGGAAGAAUGUUUGAAGAGGCAACGACAAAACAUUUGAAUGAUUACGGGGAAGCCGGUUUGCGUACGCUUGCACUUGCUUAUAAAAAACUUGACGAAUCGGAAUACAUUUCAUGGAAUGAAGAAUUUAUUAAAGCCAAAACCGCAAUUGGCGGUGACAGGGAGGCAAUGCUUGAACGGGUCUCUGACAUGAUGGAAAAGGAUUUCGUUCUUGUUGGUGCAACUGCUGUCGAGGAUAAGCUCCAGCAAGGGGUGCCUCAGUGUAUCGAUAAACUGGCACAAGCUGGUCUUAAGAUAUGGGUUUUAACAGGCGAUAAAAUGGAAACUGCAAUCAACAUUGGGUUUGCAUGCAGUUUGCUUCGGCAGGGUAUGAAACAAAUAUGUAUAUCAACAAAUGUCGACCUGUUAAACCAAGAUUCCAAGAAUGCUGUAAAGGAGAACAUUAAAAUACAACUGACGAAUGCAUAUCAAAUGGUAAAACUUGAAAGGGACCCACAUGCUGCAUUCGCGUUGAUUAUCGAUGGGAAGACUUUAACUUACGCUUUGGAGGAAGAUAUGAAGCUUCGGUUUUUUAAAUUAGCAGUUAAAUGUGCUUCUGUAAUAUGCUGUCGUGUUUCUCCUAAGCAGAAGGCCUUGGUUACGAGACUGGUGAAAGAAGGCUCUGGAAAAACGACUUUAGCAAUUGGAGAUGGUGCAAAUGACGUCGGAAUGAUUCAAGAAGCAGAUAUCGGUAUUGGAAUAAGUGGUGUGGAAGGGAUGCAGGCUGUGAUGGCAAGUGACUUUUCUAUUGCACAGUUCCAGUUUCUUGAAAGACUUCUGGUUGUUCAUGGUCACUGGUGCUAUAAGAGAAUCGCUCAGAUGAUCUGUUAUUUCUUCUACAAAAACAUCGCUUUCGGGCUUACCUUGUUCUAUUUUGAGGCAUUCACAGGCUUCUCGGGCCAAUCUGUGUAUGAUGAUUGGUAUAUGCUUUUAUUCAAUGUUGUUCUUACAUCGUUGCCUGUGAUUGCACUCGGUGUUUUUGAACAAGAUGUGUCUUCCGAGAUCUGCUUACAGUUUCCAGCCUUAUAUCAACAAGGUCCAAGAAACCUAUUUUUUGACUGGUACCGGAUUUUCGGGUGGAUGGGAAACGGGCUCUACUGUUCCCUAAUCGUCUUCUUUCUCAACAUCAUAAUAUUCUACGACCAAGCAUUUCGGGCAGGCGGGCAGACAGCCGACAUGACCGUGGUGGGGACAGCAAUGUUCACAUGUGUUAUCUACGCAGUAAACUGCCAAAUCUCCCUCACAAUGAGCCACUUCACAUGGAUACAACACUUUCUGAUCGGUUUCAGCAUCAUCGCAUGGUAUGUGUUUAUAAUAUUAUACGGGAUGAUGCCUCCAGAACUUUCUGGAAACGCGUAUAAAAUCUUUGUGGAAGCACUCGCUCCCGCCCCGAUAUUCUGGUUGAGCACGCUUUUAGUGAUGGUUGCGUGUAAUCUUCCUUAUUUGGCUCAUAUUUCUUUCCAAAGAUCUUUUAAUCCAAUGGAUCAUCAUGUCAUUCAAGAAAUCAAAUAUUAUAAGAAAGACGUUGAAGAUCGACAUAUGUGGACGCGUGAAAGGUCGAAAGCUAGACAAGAGACAAAGAUCGGGUUUACUGCACGGGUUGACGCAAAGAUUAGACAUUUGAAACAGAUGUUGCAGAAGAAAUCGUCGGUUUUGAGUCCUCGCGUUGCUUUGGCGGCAACACGAAGUUAACUUUUUUUUUUUUUUUUGUUGAAACAUAUUGGUUUUGGGUUGGGGUUCAUUUAUAAAUGUUCAUAUAUGUGUAGGGGCUUUUGUUUUUUUUUUUGGGGUGAAUUAAUGGUUUUUUGAUUCAUUAUUCAUGAUAUAUGAAGAAAGUAUAGUGGCAUUGGUAUGUA